AUGCGAUGGAAACGGAGGCAGGGUCCGACUCAUAGGAGUAUCUACACAUGGUUGAUACCAUUGAUGAUUAUUAUUCUCGCGUUAGCCAUCAUCGGUAACGGACUGAUUGUGUUGUCAGCACCAUUUCUUUCGUCACCAGUAUCGCCCUACCUGAAAUUCCGAUAUUGGGCCCUGCGUCCUUUGCUCAUUACAGGAUUAGUGGUGAAUUCUUACUUACCAGUUGUCAUCGGAGUACAAAGGUCAUCAAAAUGUGUGGACGCAUGGCUGGAGAUGUUUCGUGUUUCGGGUAUGCUCACCUCAGACAUGCAUCUGUUCGCCUUGGCUAUCAAUCAAGUAAUGGUGACGACUCGCCGUAUACGAUGCAUCGUGCUCAGUCUCUGGAUCGUUCCGCUCCUAUUUGUGUUCUGCUGGUUUAUUUCUGGAGAAAACGAUGGUUUACGUCACGAGAAAUGUCAUAUGUUUUUCUACAAUCGAUUUCCAUUCCGUAUCACAAUUUUCCUGAUAUUUAUCAUUCCACUGUUGGCCACACUUCUCAUCUAUGGACUGAUCCUUUCCAAACUGCUUAAAGCUAAAGCUGAAUUCGAAAUGACCUCGGAAAGACGUACCGGGACCCGUCGAUCAAACGUUCACUCAAAGUUGAAGCUGGUCCGAACCACUCUGCUCAUCGUUUCUACAUUCUCGUGCAGUUGGGGUUUAUGCGUGUUAUACUUUGUACUGGUGUGCGUUGAUGGAUGUCCGUUCACCUACAACGUGAUGCUAAAGCUGGCGUCAAACCCGUUCAUCUACACCUUACGAAUUCGAGCCAUCAAAAGCAGUGUGGACACCUUCCUUGCAGCACUUUUCCAUCGAAAAACGUAUCCUACGCAUCUCACCGGCAAGACUACCAACGCACUUUUGGGUAAUAGUUCUGCCGGUGGUGUUUCGCUUUAG